AACAUUUUCGAAAACAAUUUUAUAAAUAAGUUCGAAUUUAAAAACAUAUAAUCUAAAACAAUAAAAAUUAUUUUUUUACUUUUUUUAAAUUUUUAAUUUUUUUAAAUAUCUAGGGUAUUAAGGUCAUUUUACCUAUUAAAUGAAAUAUUUGAUCAUUUUUCUCCUUGUGGUCUAUUUUUGUGAUCAAAACUUGAAAAUUGUCUAUUUAGGAGAAUUAUCCAAAACAAUAUCCUAAUGAAUUAGUCAAAGAAUUAAAAUAAAAGUAUAUCAGGCGUUUCAUAUAAUAUGGCACAUUUUUAAAAGUCUAAUUAUAUGAAACAAAGAAAUAACCAACACACAUUAACACGGAGUUCUGAUUGGGUUUUACUCUUUUUUUGCUAAAUUAUAAACUCUUUUUUUUUUCCUUUACACCUCUAGAUCAUUCAUAAGUAUAUUGGAUUAACCGAGUAAACAAAUGUUAGCAAUCAGAUUUUGACUUACCAAAUUUGUAAGUCUUUUUAAAACCAAAGAUAAUGAUUUUAUUUUACAAAUGUUCCUAUAUGAAUUGGUACCAUUUACUUUUUUUUCUUCUAAGAUUAGUAGACUGCAUAUGAAAUCUACAUUUAAUUUAUUUUUAGUCAGUCUUUUACAUUUUAGCAAACACAAAAGUAACCUAUUCAACGAAGUCAAAGUUUUGGUCAAAUGAAAAUCUUGCAUUUUAUAGACUUCUCGGGAAAUUUACAUAAUGUAGACUUCCGAUGAAGUCUACUAUAAAAGUCAAAAUUUUGGUCAAAUAAAAAAUUAACCUAUUUUACGUAGACUUCUUAGUAAGUUUACCCUUUUUUUUUGUUUUCAAAUAUAAAGACGUAGACUUCUAGGAAAGUCUGUGUUACAAAAGAAAAAGUUUGGUCUAUUGGAAAACUAAUGUGUGUGUGACAAGUAGACCACAUCGUAAGUCUAUACAUAUGCGUAGAGAUACAAACAGUCUACUAUUGUGACACAUAUCUGAAAAAUUACGAAAACCAUGUAAAAACUUUUUUCCGGUGUAAAGCUUGUUUUCAAUCUUUUCGACCAUCCAAACUCCAAAUAUGAACAAAAAGAAGCACAUUUGACGGUUCUUUAUUAAAAAAACUCGAAAAAUAUAAAGUUUGUGUUUAUGAAAAUGAAAGUUAUAAUAGUUUUUAGAUGAAUACUAUUACACAAUUAUGAUUCUUAUCAAUGCAUUUUAAAUCUAAUUCUUUAACUAGCUAAAUUAACUAAACAAUGAAACAAUUAAUAACAAUGUAAAAGAACAAUUAUAAACGUAUGGUAAUGACAUUGAGUUUUCUGAAAACAAUAAGAGGAAUUCCUUUGAAAUCGGAGACUGUUCAUAUGAAGUAUACAACAUAGUAGACUUUCGUUUCAAUCUACUUAUGUAGACUGUUAUAGACGUCUAAUCUUUGGGUUAGUUUUUGCAAUGACAAAAUUCGCGAAUUGUUUUUUGGAAUGACGUCUAAUCUUUGGGUUAUUUGAAAAAAAUUGUGAUUUAUACAAGUAGACUUUAUAGGUAGUCUACUUCAUAGACAGUCUUCAUUUUAAAAACGGUUAGUUUUGCAAUUUCUAGAAUUCACCCAGUAUUUGACUCUCAAUAGUAGAUUUCAUAUGCAGUCUACAUUUAAAAAUUUAAAAAAAGUUCAGUUUUGCAAUUGACCAAAUUUGACUUUCGACGAGUAUAUUUCAAUGGAAGUCUAUCAAGUUUACUUUCCAAUUUGACGGCUUAUUUUUGUGUUUGACUAAAAUAAAAUAAUAGACUUCAUAUACAAUAUACAGUUUUUCCUAAGAAUAGUAGAAACAUUUAUUAAUUUUUGGUCAAAUUUUUAACAUUUUAAUCAAAAACAAAACAUGUUUUUGUAGAGUAGACUUCAUAAGAAGUCUAAUAAAAGAGUCAAAGUUUUCGUUAAAUGCAAGAUUGACCUCUUGCAGAUUUCCACUACAGCCUGCUUGAUGCAGACUUUCGUUGAAGUCAACUAUUAAAAGUCAAAAGUUCGGUCAAAUGCAAAUCUAACCUUUUAGUUUUUCGUAAGUCUGCCAAAAACACAUUUUGUUCUCAAAGAUAAAGACGUAAAUUUCUAGUGAAGCUUGCGUCACAAACAAUAUAAAUUUUGUCAAUUGCAAAACUAAUAUAUUCGUUGAAAAUUAGAUCGCAUAAUAAGUCUACACAUAUACGUAGACAUACAAAAUAGUCUACUAUCGUGAGAUCUGAAUAUUGACGAAAACUGUUUAAAUAGUUACCCUUUUCGGUGUAAGCUCGUUUCCAACCUUUUCCACCGUCCAAACUCCAAAUUUGAGCAAAAGAAGUUGUUUUCACCAUUCUUUACUGAAGAAUCCCGAAAUAUGAAAUUUGUGUCUAUGAAAAAGAAAGUUAUGAGAGUUUUUGGAUGAAAGCGGAGAGGAUAUGAGAGGAAAUAAAGAUUUGUUGGUGUAGAAUGAGAAAAAAGUAGAUAGAAAAUGAAUGCUUGAACUUUAAGACCUCAAACAUGGUUGUUCAUGGUGGUUGAAAAAAUUGAUAAGAGUGUCAUUGUUGUAAAUAAGAAGAAAUGUUUAGAGUUUUUCGGGUUUUUUUCGAAAAUAAAAGGAAUUAAAUUAUAAUAGAAUUUUUGUAAAUAUUGAGAAAAGUCAAGGAGGGCAUGGGAAUGUUGUGGUAAAAUAUUGUUGACAUAAAAAUGGGGUUAGUUUUGUAUUUGACUUCAAUUUUGGGUCAUUUUUGUAAAAUCAUCUUAUUUUUAAAUCUAAUCAUAUAACUUUUAAUCAUAAAUUGAAUAAAAUAUCCUUAUAUAUAUAUAUAUAUAUAUAUAUAUAUAUAUAUAUGAAUGAAUGUACGCGUCCAACACGUACCCGCUUCCUAAUUUUUUUUAAAAAAAUUGCUUUUGAGCUUCCAUACAUUCUGAUUUCGCGUAACCGCUCGAUUCCGCGUACCCGCUCGAUUCCGCGUACCCGCUUUCGAUUCCAUGUAAUUCUUGAAAACACCCUUGAAAACACGGCCAAGACUCUAAAGCAUGUAUUGCAUAACUUACAACUAUCUAAGAAUUAGCUAACCUAAUAAACCAAAACUUUGAAUAAUUACAAAGUAUAUAUAUAUAGCCAGAGUAAUGAAAUUUUGCAAUAUCUUCGCCGUACUCACUUGAAUAUAAGCAUGCAUUCAAUUGGUGAACCAAUCAUGAGAAUGGAACAAAGUUUAGUAAAUAUAGUACAAUGUUGACACCGAAAUUGGAUCGCUAAUGACUAUCAUUCAUUGCUUUCCCAUUUACUGCGAUCAUCAUAAUCUUCAGCUAUAUAAAAGUAUGUUUUGCCCCAUGAAGUUCAUCCGUUCUUUCUUCUCAUUCAUAAGCUUUUUAAGAAAUAUACCUUUGAAAAUGGCUAACUCCUCUGUCCUCCUUGCCGAUUGAAGGCUGGCGGUUGUCCCUCCACCGUCGAUGUCCGCCUCCUUAGUUUUUGGGAAAUCAGGAAUGUGAAUUGCGGCGGCGAGCUGAUGGGGUUGACAUGCUCCUCCUUGAAGCUCAGAUAAAUCCACCAUCAAAAUCAUUAUGUAUUUGGGAGAUGAUAAUUGUUUUGUUUGUUGAUUCUGUUUCAUGUAUUGAUUAUUAUACUUUUAAACCUAACUUUUCUUUUAAUGGAGAUCCAUUUGUUCAUGUCUUCGUUAUAAAAAAAAACAAAUUCCAUAAGCUUCUGUUAUCUUAAAAUAAUUGGACAAUGAUUAUUGUUUUGUCUGUUGAUUCUGUUUCGCUUUAUUUGUAAUUUGUAAAUUCAUUAUCAAGCUUUUAAUCCAAACAUUCAGUUUAAGUGGGAUCCUUUGUAUAUUUCUUGAUUAUCAGAAAAUCUUCCCCGAAGUUUAUUAAUAUAGUUGAUGAUGAAAUUGGCAAUCUUUAUAUGUCUUAAAACAUUAUUUUGAGGAGUUAGAGGAAGAGUCCCCAAAGGACAACUCCAUCGUAGUGUAUGUGUUACUUGACGAGCUUCGCCGUAACCAACGAAGUUGAAAACACUGACUCUGACCAGACGUUAGGGUGACGACCAUUCGCAUUGACAAGAAGGCUUUCACCGUCAAAUAAACACCAGUCAUUGACUUACCGAUAGAUAUUGAAGCUGAGAUGAGAAGAUGAAUGCUUGAACUUAGGCAAACCAUGGACAUGUACAGCUCAGCGUCGAAAGAAGCACUUAAUACAAAAGAGCGGUUAGAAAUAUAGGUGUCAAGCAGGGAUAGUUGAUGAUGAGCAAGCUGCUCCGUCUAAAACUUUAUGACUCCCAUGUUUCUCUUGAAAAAUUAGCAUAAGCUGUGGAGAAUGUAAGAAGCUUGAAUAUUUGAGGAAGCUAGAAGUGCUGAAGCGACAGUCCUGGCUAUAUUCCAAAGAUGGAGAAGGCCAAGUCUAGAGCUACAAUGGAAGCAAGUGAGAAAGCGCAGAUGAUGGUGGAACUAGAAGGAAGCAAGCUGAAAUGAAAAAAGAAGAAGGAAAUCGCAAAAGAAAUACGGUUGUUUAAUUCUUUCGUACAUAACGAUGUCUGGUACAAAAGAUAAACUUGAUCACAACCCUACUGCCAUUAGUCUUGAAACCAGAUGCUGCUCAAGACAUCCUCACAUGGUUCUUCGCUUUCGUAUGUGUCCUGCAUAUGGUUAUUUGGUGUAUGAGUUCAUAGAAAAUGGAAAAUGGGAGCUUAGAGGAAAGGCUUUCAAAAUAAAUUACUUUACCUGAAAUACACGAUACAAUUACAAAUCAUUAAAAUAAUAUCAGAUAAAACUCACAUAACGUAAAAGAUUUUCCAUAACAUAUCUUCUCGACAAAUGACACCUGCUAACCUAAUAAAAUAAUCAGAACGUUGACACAUUUGAAAAGAAAUUCUUCCAAGCACACCUCUAAUUUAGUAUAUAAACAAUUAGAUCUAAUGACAAAUACUAAAAAUAAUGUUAUACUAUUAAUAAAGCUGAAUCCUUUAUUUUCCUGAGGAAAUUUCAUCAAGAGAAGUUGUCUAAAAAUUUAACACUAUAAUUUGUAGAAGUUUAUUAAGUAUUCCACAUUAAACCAAAUUUAUAGAUAAAAUAUAUAAUUAUCCAAAAAAAAUUGAUCAAUUUUUAAAAAAUCUAACAGAACAUUUGAGAUCAAUCUAAAAUAAUAUUUUGGCACAUAAUUAAUCCGAGAUUUUUGUACAAAAAUCUUAUUUUACUUAUUAUCAAAACUAUUACUGCAGUAGAAUAAACAAAAAAAUAUGUAAAACUAUUAUGUAUUCAUAAUCAUUUCUUAAAUAUUAAGAUAAACAUAAUAUAUUAUAAGAAUAACGAAACAUACACAAUGAAAACUAAUAUUACAUUAAAUUAAAGUAAGCUAAACAUUUUGAAAUAUUCGUUAACAUUAAUUAUAUAUUUACUGAACAUUUUGAAAUAUUAGUUGUUUAAAAUUUAUAUUUGCAAAAGAGGUGAAUCUAAGUUGAAAAAGGAUUUUUUUUUUUUUUUGUCAUCAAGUUGAAAAAGGAAUUAAAAAAGGAAAUAUAUUCAAAAAUAACAAAUUCAGCUUAAUGAAAAUCAAACACAAGCCUAAUUAGAAAAUGAUCCGAGAGAUCUUUGAAAAAAAGAAAAAGAAAACAUACAUAUCAUAACACAAACGGGAUUAUAAUUAAAUAAAGUGGUAAGUAAAAUCCUUAAGCUGUAAGAAUUAGGUUCCGUAAAAGGUGUUAUAAAAAGAGAGUUAGGGUCUUGUUUUUUCUUACUCAAAUACUCAUCAUCAAAGUUCUCUGAUAAUUCUAUUAAUAAUGGCGACAACCACAAGAAUGUUCUGCUUCGUGCUCGUGAUGGAUCUAAUGGGAUGUUGUUGCUCGGCAAAAAUCUACAAAGUGGGAGACUCGAAGGGAUGGACGACAGCGAAGCACGGUAGCUAUUAUGAAUGGGCCAAGCGUAAGGAAUUCCAAGUGGGGGAUUCUCUGAUGUUUGAAUACGAUGGCAACGUCAACGACGUCACUCAAGUUUCCACUCGUUUGGAAUACCAAUUCUGCAACUCCCUUUCUCCUAAAGCUGUCUACAACACAGGGCACGAUCUCGUGACUCUCACGGAACAAGGUUAUCACUUCUUCAUCACCUCAAAUCGUUCUCAAUGCGUAGCCGGACAGAAACUCGUCGUUUUUGUCGUCCAUGACCAUCCUAUGAUUCCUCCACCACCGAGAAAGAUCCUUCCAUUUGGAAAAGAUUACAAGGUCGGUGACUCCAACGAAUGGACGGUUCCUGAAGAGAGUGACUUCUAUUCCAAGUGGAGUGAGGAGAAACAGUUUCAUGUGGGAGACAAUCUUCUUUUCUACUACAACGACCAAGUCGAUGACGUCCUAGAAAUCAACAGUGAUCUUGAGUUUAAAUUUUGCGACACUACUUCUCCUGUUGCCGUGCACAAUGCGGGACAAGAUCUCAUAAGGCUAACGAAACCAGGAAUCCGCUAUUUUAUUACCUCAAAGAUUGGUCAUUGUGAGGCUGGGCUUAAGGUUCGAGUUGUGGUGCGACCACUAUCCAAAAGUGUUCCGAAGAAGAUGCAGUUGUCACCUUUCGACCGUCUCAUCAAGUGGCUACACGAUUCCUUCACACCCCACCCCCAUCACUAAGAUUUCGUUUCUUUUUUUUUUUUUUGUUUGAGCUUAGCUUCGUAGUAUUUUUUUUUCUCACUCGUUUUUGUUCUUUAUUUUAUUUUCCAAAUAGUGUGGGUUUCUACUUAUUCCUAUCAUUGUGGAGAGACUUGAUUCAAUAAAAAUAAUUUUCCUUAACCCUAGCUGUAUACACAUAAUAGACUCAAUCACUCCACCUCCAUGGAAAAUAAAGAAAUUGAACAAAGACGAGAGAAAACAAAAACAAUACGGAAAUAUCCUAGAAUAUCACUAAAAAGUUUAUGUCACAAAUAUAGAUUCUAAUAAAUAAAACGAUCAAAAUAUUUUAUUAAAAAGAUAAAUAUACACUUAUAUCCUAGGGUUAACUAAUCCAAAUUUUAAAAUUUAGGGUUAAGGGGUAGGAAUUAGAAAUUGAGAAUUAAAAUUUUAUAAAAUAAAAAAAUUGAAAAACUGA